AUGUCACUCAUCACUUUAUCACGACCAGAGCAGGAAUACAUUCUGAGUGGCAUACAACAUGAUAUACGCGCGGAUGGCCGCGCAUGUCACGAUUAUCGGCACAUAACACUUGAGACUGGUGUGCUUUCAAACACUGAUGGGUCUGCACGUUUACAACUGGCGAAUACAGAUAUUCUAGUAGGCGUCAAGGUCGAUCUUGGAGAGCCAGACCACGGUAAACCAAACGAUGGAGUGGUCCACUUCUCCGUAGAUUGUUCUGCGAGCGCGUCACCCUUAUUCGAGGGUCGAGGAGGGGAAGUACUUUCCACGGAACUUAAAAUGUCGUUGGAUAGGUUAAUAGUGAAGUCAAAGGCCUUCAACACGGCCUCGUUAUGUAUCCUGCCGAAAGAAAAGGUGUGGCACUUAUACGUCGAUGUCAUUGUGCUGAUGCACGGAGGCAAUCUUCACGAUUCAAUAAGCUUGGCGGUACGCGCAGCCCUCUCAGCCACGAG